AUGGUUCGGAAGAAAAAGGAGGCGCCGAAGCCGGCGGCAUUGGCCAUUUCCACAGAUUCGAUUCAGACGAAACCAGAUCUCCCUUCAAUUCAAGAACAAGUCAUGCUGAAGAAUAGCGUUGAGGAAUUCCAUGACCCGUGUGAUGUUUUGGAAGCCGAUUUGAAUGCUGAGCAUUUUUUUCCUGUGGAAACAGAGGGCAAAUCAGGUCCGUUCAAAGCUGCUAGUUGGGCCGAGGAGGUGGAAAAAUCUGACUAUCAAAACUCAGCCAAAGAUGUGUGGAGCAAAUUCAAAGCCAACCAGGUAAAAACUCCUUCUACUAGUUUGGAUUUCAUAGAGCCUACGAAGGUUGGGGAUCAAAUAAUUGCUAAACUAGACAUUGAUGAAGUUGAGGUUGAAGCUUCUUUUUGGCGCACCUCGAUUGUUUGUGUAGUAUUGGGUGCUAAUCCCCCCUUUCGAGUAUUUGAAGGAUUUGUGAAAAGAGUCUGGGGUAACCUUGGUAUUGAUCGGAUUGUUCGAAUGAACUCUGGAUUUACUUUGGUUAGCUUUCGAGAUAUUGCAACUAAGGAUCUAGUCCUGGAAACUGGUGUGAUUCAUUUCGACAAAAAACCAGUUGUUCUUCGUCCCUGGACACCUAACAUGGACACAGUGCAGAUGGUGAAAUCGGUUCCGGUUUGGGUUCGAUUAAACGGCUUGGGGCUUCAAUAUUGGGGUCGUAAUAGUCUAAGUGCUCUAGUUAGCACUAUAGGCAAACCCAUUAUGAUUGAUCAAGUUACUCGUGACAGAUCGAUGGUCAAAUUUGCGAGAGUUCUUGUUGACAUGGAGAUCUCUGAGAACCCCCCUAAGACUAUCUCGUUUGUUAAUGAGAGAGAUCAACUAGUUGAACAACUGGUGGAGUACGAAUGGCUUCCUUCUAAAUGCAAAGCUUGUGACUGUUUGGGACAUACAGUGGUGAACUGUUCGAAGGAUAAGGGGCACAUUUGGGUUAAGAAAUCCAAACCAGAUCAUAAGAAAACAGAGAUGGUCACUGAUAAGAAAAUUUUUGAGCCUUCUGUGGAUAAUCAACAGGUCAAUGCUGGUGCUACAACUUCUCAGGAUGCCUCAAGUGAAACAGCUGCUGUUACUGCAGUUACUGCUACUUCUCAGGAUGCCUCAAAAUCGUGUGAAGUAAUUGCUGUUACUGUAAACAAGGCAGCUGAAACUAAUAUAGUUACAGCAGCAAAGCAAGUUACUGUUAACAAAACAGGGGUGGCUAAUGAUACAAGAAUGGGGGGUGAUUUGAUUACGCCAAGAAGGAGAGGAAUGAAGAUCACCACUGUCCAGCCUUCUAAAGCAACAACUCGAAAUGGUUAUGCAGCGCUCCAAGAGCCUGGGGAUGGGGAUUUGGCUACCACUUCUAAUUCUAGUUAA